AGUUCGCCGUCCAGCAUGCAUUCGUCACCCCGGGACUUCCUGCAAGGCGCUUACCCACGACUGAGAGCCGUUUUCACUGUUUAUGCAUCAUUAGAUCAAUACACUUUCCACCAAUUUCCCUCAGCGCAGCCUAACACGUCGCCUUGUUACUAAUAUUCAGGCACUUCAUACACACCAGAAUAUGUCGACUGUGAAGAACGUCUACGCCCUCGGCGCAUCCCGUAAUAUUGGUUACCUUGCUUCCCUCCGUUUGCUUGCCAAAGGCGCACACAUUACAUUCCUAUUACGAAACCCAACUGCUUUCGAGUCUGAUCCAGCCAUCCAACCAUACCUCUCUUCCUCUUCGCAUGGUCAAGCACAUAUUGUCAAAGGAGACGCACUCAACAUUAAUGACGUGAAACGGGGAUGGGAAGUUGCAGGAGAGAACGGGGACGUCGAUUUGAUACUAUUCACCGUCGGCGGCACACCCCGACUCACUCUAGCUCAUGGCUUCGUGCUCGACCCGCCCAACUUGUGCACACAAGCCAUUAUAAAUGUCUUGACAACUCUUCCUUCUCCAUCUGCGCCGCCAAAAAUCAUCGCGAUAACCUCGAUAGGCACGACUUCUUCCUCACAUGCCUCUGUUCCCUUCCUGCUCAAACCCAUCCACAAUACCGCGCUCGUCGCAGCACACCGCGACAAAAUCGGGCUCGAGAAAGUGUUAGGACAUGUUUGUGGGAAGACUGCCCAAUGGGGUUACUUGCCAGACAAGGAUGCGGCCGGCGAUGAGUUAGACGGCGGUGUGCUAGGGAAAGGGUGGAAGAAGACUGAAGGCUUCCCAAAGGAAGAAGACGUGGCUACAAUUGUCGUUGUAAGGCCCGCUAUGCUUGUGGAUGGCGAGUGUCGGGCCGACGAGGUGGAUACGUCCGGAAAGGGGAGGGGUAAGGGUAAAGGGAAGGAGGCGUAUAGGGUCCAGGAAGGGGAUUUGAAAAACCCAUAUACGGUCUCGAGAAAGGACGUGGCUCAUUACAUUGUGGAGGGUUUGUUGGAGGAUUGGCAGAAGUGGGAGGGGAAAUGUGUGAGUAUCGCCUAUUGAUCAAUCCUUACACCUGUUGCAAGCUUGUAGUUUUGUUACACGGCUGUGAAUUGCUGAGAAGAGUACCCACAUAUUGUCUACUUACUUUAUGAUGAUUUUCCUUCAAUUUGAUAUGAUUCCUUGGAAAUCGUCCAAGCGGUAGCGACAAGCAUGUUCGCCUAGACCUCUGUUUUUGACAUGGGAAGGAUUUCUACGUGCAACAAAUGACGGGAUGAGUU